AUGGAGAAGGACAUAGAAAAGGCUACAAUAGGUUUUCUAGAAAAAGAAGAAGAACAGGCCGAAGAGUGGUGUUUUGAAUGCAAGGAUGGUGGAGAAAUGAUAAUUUGUGAUCAUCCAAACUGUGGAAAAGUUUAUCACCCUGCUUGUGUUGGGAAGGAUGCUGCUUUUUUUGACAGUGUAAAAUCAUGGUUUUGUGGUAGACAUGUUUGCUUCAAAUGUAAUGAACCUUCAAAGUUUCAUUGUCUUGGCUGCCCAAAUAGUGUGUGCAGAAAAUGCUUUGCUUUUUCAGAAGAAUUUACUGUUGUUAGAGGGGUAAAAGGCUUAUGCAUAGAAUGUUGGAAGCUAAUGGAGAUUAUAGAACAAAAUUUAGACCAUGACGAGGAUGGGAACAAAAUAUCCUUGACUGACAGAGAAACAUAUGAAUGUCUAUUCAAGGAAUAUUGGGAAAUUAUUAAGGUAAAAGAAAGAUUGGCUAGUGAGGACGUUUUUGCUGCUCAGCCCGACUUCAAAAAGUGUAAACAUUUUCUGCAACAUAAAAAAAAUAGGAAGGGUGAAGGAGAGGAAGUACAAGAUGAGUUAAAAGAAGGAUUGAAUAGUAAUGAUAUUUUUGCUGCAGGGCCGGACUGCAAAAAGUUUAAACGUGUUCUACAUCAUACAAAAAUCAGUAAAGGUGAAGAAGAAGAAAAAGUGCACAACGAGGUGAAAGAAGGACUGAUUAAUGAUGAUAUUUUUGCUGCAGGGACCCAAUACAAAAAGUUUAGAAGUUUUCUGCAUCAUAAAAAGGUUAGUGAAGUAGAAGAAGAAGAAGAAAAUGAUUUGAUCUCAUGGGCUAGUGAUGAAGAUAGUAAGCCAGCUCACCAGCCAGCCAAGCGGAAAAAGAGAAAUUCAGAGGAGUUUGUGGGGUGGGGAUCAAAACCUCUCAUUAGUUUCCUUUCAUCCAUUGGGAAAUAUGAAACUGAACCAUUAACGAAAUGGGCUGUGAAUUCUGUCAUACAUGAAUACAUUAAGGAGAAAAAUCUUGAUCAUCAUAGAUACAAGGGGAAGUUCUUCCCUGAUGAUAGGUUGUUUCCUAUAUUUAGGAAGAAAGUUGUCUCAAAAAAGGAUAUAUAUUCUCUACUUGAGUUUCACUUUGCUAAAAAUAUGGACGAUUCAUCUGAGGAUAAAAGUGAUGUUAAAAUCAGAAAAAGUUCUGAAGACAAGCAUCACAAUGAAAAGAAAGCAUGCACUGAAAGCAGAUUGUCAAGCUUAAUUGGAAAACCUCCAUUAAGAAAGGGGGACUUUUUGAUCAAGUAUAGCCGGUUUGCAUCCAUUACUGUGCAUAAUAUAAACCUCAUUUAUCUAAAACGAAGUUUGGUGCUAGAGUUAUCAAAACGGUCUGAAAGUUUUUUGAGUAAGAUUGUCGGAACUUUCGUCCGAGCCAGAGUGUAUUCCAAUGAUUCUAGGCAAAAGUCUUACCAUCUCGUGAGAGUUUUGGGUGUUGAAUUUGAUGAAAUGUCAAAUAGAACUCUCUUGCAAGUUUCCUUAAUGGCUAAGGCCAUUCCCAUUUCAGAACUCUCUGAUGAAGAGUUCACAGAGCAAGAAUGUGAGGAUUUUCAGCAAAAAGUGAAAGCCGGCUUGCUCCCAAAAUUAGCUGUUGCUGAGGUUCAAGAAAAGGCUGAAAGUCUUCACGAGGAUAUAACAAGACAUCUCCUUAACUGCUUGUGCUAUACAAAAAUUGCAUUACUAGAGGAAAGGGAACGACUUGAACAAUCAUGGAAACAAGAUCAACUUUUAAGGAACGUGCCAACAGUUCGUGCGGAGCUUCUUGAGGCAGAAUAUGAUGAUUCUGAAGAUGGACAAGAUACAAAUACACAGGACUAG